GCCAAAAGGCAGUCAAUCUCAGAAGGCUCUUUAUUUAUAGACAACCUGUUUCAAGCUCCAAUAGUUUAACUUUGUCCUGUGAGCCAUGACAUAUUCUCUCACAGACCUUUUAUUGGAUAUGAAAUGGGAGCAAAAUGUUCAAUCCGAUGUUCAAAAGGCAAGCAGAGGGAGGUAAGGAAUUCACAAGAAAGAGAGGUUGAUGAUCAUCAAAAAGAAGCAAGCAGUUCCACCUUCAACUUCGUAAUGAAGGAUAUUCAUGAAAUCCCUACCUUCAUCUGGGAUAUGACUGAUGUUACAAAACUCAAUCUUUCCCACAACAGACUGGAGAGACUUCCCCCUGAACUGGGAAAGCUGGGAUAUAUAGUAGUGCUGAACUUGUGUGGGAACCAGAUUGUAUCCCUGCCCAAGGAGAUAGGUCUACUGAGAAAUCUUAGGGUCUUUUUCGUUAACAUGAACUACUUAGUGGAGCUACCAGAGGAGCUGGGUUCAUGCAAAAAGUUGGAAGUCCUGAGUCUUUCACAUAACUACCUAUCAGCACUUCCAGUAUCGUUCAGUGAUUUAACUUUGCUUAAAAAGUUGAAUCUGAGCAACAACCGGCUUACUUGCAUUCCCUCUUGCGUUUUUCAAAUGAAGAAUUUGGAUUUUCUACAUUUGGGUUCCAAUCAGAUAGAAGCCAUAGCUGACAGUAUUCAGUUUUUGGAACAACUGAAGAUACUGGUUAUUGACAAUAACAUUUUACGUGUUUUACCAAGAUCUAUUUGCUUGCUGACCUCCCUGGAACUUUUAAAUGUGGAUUACAAUUGUAUACAAACGCUUCCUGACGACCUGUAUAAAUUAAUGAAGCUGACAAGAAUCGCAUACAAUCCAAUGGAUAAAGGUCUUCAUAUAAUAAAUAACCCCUUAGCCAAGCCACUGCAGGCUAUGGUUGAUGGAGGGCUUAAUAUGCUCUUUGCAUACCUUGAGGACAAAAUCAAACCGGACUGAAUGCUUCUCCUGGGAUAAUCACUUUUAGAUUCAAAAUUUAAUUUAAAGUAAAGCCAAUUAAAUAUUAAAGGGGGCAAUAUGCUAAAAAUGUUUUAAACCAUAUACUAAAUGAACAAUCUUAAUGUAGAUAUUGCUGACUUUGCUCUUUUAAA